CCCCGUUAGUACGCAGGCGCUUAGUAAUCGCGGCCUUAGGGCGGCGCAGUCUCUAGUAGACCCGCAGCCUGGACCAGCCCAGCCCUUCCCCUGGACAGGUCUAUGGCGGUGGUGGCAGAGGAAGAGGAGGAGGAAAGGACCUCCAGGCUCUUGGCAGCCAGCCGGCAGGAAUUGGUGACCUUCAAAGAUGUGGCUGUGCACUUCACCUGGGAGGAGUGGAGGCUUCUGAAGCCUGCCCAGAGAGCCUUGUACAGGAACGUGAUGCUGGAGAUCUUGGAGCACCUUGUGUCCCUGGAUUCCCAUAGUCAGGAGACACAUUGUGAAACCAAGGACUCAAGUCUCAUGUCAGACAUUUGGAUAGGAACCUCAUCCAACAAAAUUCUGCCAAAGGAUAGUUCCUGGUAUUCCAUAACAAGAGAAGUUCAUUUCAACUUAGAAAGACACAAAGACAGCCAAGAGAGAUGGUCCAGACAAGUAACAGAUACUCCUAAAACAACAUUUAAUAGUGUGAAUGUGCCUCUCUGUAAUACCUUCGCAAGAAGUUUGAGUCUGGGCUCAGUCUUUGUUCCACCCUGCAGAGGUGCUACAGGAAAGAGUCUUCAUAAAUCUCCAUCACUUGGACAGAGCUUCUGGGAUUUUUUAAACUUAAUUACAUCUAAUGCAUUAUCCUUAGAAAAGAAUCUUAUUAAACAUGACAGAUACAAGAAGCCUUUCAGUUACCACUCAGAUCUAAUUAAAUUUCAUCAAAUACAUGUGGGAGAAAAGCUACAUGAACACAAUGAAUGUGGAAAAGCCUUUGACAGAAGAUCGGAUUUUACUGAACAUCAGAAAAGUGGAAUUGGAGAGAAACAUUAUAAAUGUGAUGAAUGUGGAAAAGCCUUUAACCACAGGGGAAGCUUGACUAAACAUACUAGAAUUCAUACUGGAGAGAAACCUUUUGAAUGUAGUGAUUGUGGGAAAGCCUUCAGUGAGAGAGGAAAACUCAAAAGCCAUCAGAGAACUCAUACUGGAGUGAAACCCUUUGAAUGUAAUGAAUGUGGUAAAGCCUUUAGUGUGAGGGGAAACCUCAAUGCCCAUCAUCGAACCCAUGCAGGAGUGAAACCCUUUGAAUGUAACGAAUGUGGGAAAGGUUUCAGUGAGAGUAGAUUACUCAAAAGUCACCAGAUAACUCAUACUGGAGUAAAGCCAUUUGAGUGUAAUGAGUGUGGAAAAGCCUUCAAUCAGAAAGGAAACCUUAUGAGCCAUCAGAGAAUUCAUACUGGAAUGAAACCUUUUCAGUGUAAUAAGUGUGGGAAAACUUUCAACCAGAAGCGUUUCCUUAAAAGUCAUCAGAAAAUUCAUACUGAAGAGAAACCUUUUGAAUGUAAUGAAUGUGGAAAAGCUUUUAGCCAGAAAGGUUACCUUAAAAAUCACAAAAAAAUUCAUAGUGGAGAAAAACCAUUUCAAUGUAAUGAAUGUGGGAAAGCCUUCCGUCGAAAAGGAUACCUUAUUACUCAUCGGAGAACUCAUACUGGAGUGAAAGCUGUUGAGUGUAAUGAAUGUGGGAAAGCCUUUAGCCAGAAGGGUUACCUUAAAAGUCAUCAGAGAAUUCAUGCUGGAGAGAAACCCUUUGAAUGUAAUGAAUGUGGGAAAGCCUUUAGUCAGAAGAGCUACCUUAAAAGUCAUCAUAGAAUCCAUACUGGAGAGAAACCAUUUAAAUGUAAUGAAUGUGGGAAAACCUUCAGCCAUAAGGGUUACCUGAAAAGCCAUCAGAAAACACAUGCUGGAAAGAAAUUAUUUGGACAAAGUCAGUGUGAGAAAGCCUUCAACCAGAAUUGCCUUGAUAGCCAUCAGAAAAUUAAUAGUGGAAUAGAGUCUUUUGAAUACAAUGAGUGUGGCAAAUGUGGUGAGAAGGAAGCCCUUAUUAGACAUCAGAGAACUCACACUGAUGUGAAACCUUUUGAAUGUAAUGAAUUUGGGAAAGACUUCUGCAGAAAAGCACAUCUUGUUACUCAUCACAGAACUCAGACUGGGUUAAAACUUUUUGAAUGUAAAUGAAUGUGGGAAAGCCUUUAGGCAGAGUAUAUACUUUACUACCCUAUAAGAAUACUUAAUACAUUAGAGAAACAAUUUUAAUAUAAUGAAUGGGAAAAGGGCUUCAGAGAAAUCAAGAGCCUUAUUAAUCAUCAGAGAACUCAUGCUGGAGUGUAACACUUUGAGUGUAGUAGAUAGCUUUAUCAAGAUGAGGUUAUGCCAAAGUAGAUAGCCAGCAAUUAGGAAAUGGCUAAAGCAAAUUGUUAUACAUUAAUAUAAUGGGGUAUUACUGUGCUGUAAGAAAUGAUGAAUAUGAAAAAUUUAAAGUAUGGAAAACAUGGAUGCAGAAGGAAGUAAAUGACUGUAACUAUAUGUAUGAUGGUUCCAACAGUGUAAAUGGGAAGAACAACAGAAAAGAAACUGAACACUAUGUCAUUUUAAUACCCACGUAUGGUCCCAGAGAAUGAGAGAAAAUGAUCUCUUUCACUUCUUCAUGGAAGUUGGCAACUGUGUGUAAUACUGCUUAUUCUUUGGUACCUUCUUGGUGUUUUGAUUACUUUUAUUGACUACUUUUUGAUCCUUUUCCUCUUCUUGCCCCUCCUCCACCCUUCAGAAUGGCCCACUGGAGGGAAAGUUGGGGAAGGAUAUAUUUGGAAAUGAAGGUGGUAUAAAAAGAAAACACACCAAUGAAUUUAUCUUUUAAAAACUAUUAAACAAAGAACAGAUUAUAUAAGUUUGAAAUUAGAUCCUUUUCUUGACAAUAUUACAAAAUGUAUAGAUUGGGAAAUAU